AUGAACCCAAUUCUCGUCUUCAAGCUCGUGUCCCUCGUGGGUAUCUGGCUCGUGGGUCUCAUCGGGGGAUUGAUCCCCGCACUACUCGCAUCGAAGCACGACAAGUCCCCGACUUUGAGCGUUCUCAGUGCGUUCUCAGGUGGCGUUUUCCUCGCUGGCGGGUUCCUCCAUCUGCUCCAUUCGGCGAUUGAGAACUCGGCACUUCGCCAAUGGUCCACUGUGGACCAUGGUCGCUGGGCUUUUCCCUACGCCGAGAUGUUUUGCACUGUGGGUUUUUUGGGUCUUUUAGUAUUGGAACAAGGGGCCCAGACACAAUUAAAUGACUGGACGACAGAAGAUAACGUCGGAUCGUGGAAGAAGGAGAAUGAGGAGCUGGUGGACGAAGAGCUCAAUGGAGUUGGAGAGAGCGGUGGCACGUACUUGGAACACGGGGAUGAAGAGGAACAAAGACUGAACGACACUGACCGACGUCAUGAGAGUCUAUUAUCGCCCGGAAAGCAGAGCAGUCAAAAGGACACUACGUCAAUGGCAGUGGCCAUGGUGCUGUUCCUAGCUCUGUCAUUCCACUCGGUCUUGGAAGGACUGGGCAUUGGGGCACAGACCGAGGCGGCAUGGGGCGUGUUUCUGGCCAUUGUCAUGCAUAAAGGGCUUGCCGCUUUUGCAUUGGGCUCGGAACUCGUGCAGAGUCGUGCCAUGCCUCUGAGCCACGUGAUGCUCUAUAUGGUCGUCUUCUCGUUCAUGAGCAUUGUCGGUAUCCUCGUGGGCUGGACGAUUGUUGGCGACUCGACCGAGGAUUCAGCAGCCGCGGGGAUUUGUGUGGCGCUAGCGUCAGGGACGUUCAUCUAUGUGGCGGUCAUGGAGGUGAUCCCACACGAGUUUCCGCGGCACAGCCACGGGAGUGGUCUUGAAGGUAGUCGCCACCAGCAAGCACCCAAGCUGACGAUGAUCAAGUCUGUUGCCCUAGUGGCUGGCUACGCUAUCUUUGGACUGCUCGCGAAAUGGUCGUGA